AGAGAGAAAUGUAUCGCAUCUCCACUGUAAACACGCUAUUCAUUAACCUUGAAUACUGUGGUUGCCGGGUCGUACCUACUUAAAAAUAUUAAUUUUAGUUUGUAUCGCGGGUUUGCAGUGUAAACAUGGCCGAUAUUGUCGAGAUCAAGUAUACAAAGUUAUUCAUCAAUAACGCCUUCGUCGAUUCCGUGUCAAAAAAAACGUUCCCCACGAUCUACCCGGCCACGGGCGAGAAAAUCGCCGAUGUAGCAGAGGCUCAAAAAGAAGAUGUAGACGUGGCAGUAUCAGCGGCCAAAAAGGCGUUCGCCAGGGGCUCCCGGUGGCGCACCAUGGACGCCUCCGAAAGGGCCAAACUAAUUAACAAGUUUGCAGACCUUAUCGACAGAGACAGAGAAUACUUGGCCAAACUGGAAACGUACAACUCGGGAAAACCUAUCGAGUCCGUCAAGUUCGAACUGAAGAUUUGCGCCAACGUUUUGAGAUUUUAUGCGGGAUCUUGUGAUAAGAUCCAUGGAAGCACCUUACCAGUUGACGGUCCAGGUUUUGGCAUGACGAAGAAAGAACCGGUGGGGGUCGUGGCUCAAAUAAUCCCCUGGAACUACCCGGUGAUGAUGGCCGUAUGGAAACUGGGCCCGGCCCUGGCCACCGGCUGCACCACCAUACUGAAACCGGCAGAACAAACCCCUUUGACCGCUUUAGUGUUGGCCGCCCUGACGCAAGAGGCGGGAUUCCCCGAUGGUGUGGUCAACAUUUUGCCCGGUUACGGUGGCAUCACCGGGCAGGCCCUCUGCUUGCACCCGGACGUGAGGAAAGUCGCAUUCACCGGUUCCACUGACAUCGGCCAUAAGAUUCUGGAAUACUCGGCCGCCUCUAAUUUGAAGAGGGUGUCCUUGGAGUUGGGAGGAAAAAGUCCCUUGAUCAUAUUUGAUGAUGCCGAUAUUGAUGAAGCAGUGGAAAUCGCCCAUAACGCCAUCUUCGAAAACCACGGGCAGAAUUGUUGUGCCGGUUCCAGGACCUUCGUCCAGUCCUCCAUUUAUGAGGUUUUCGUCCAGAAGGCGGUGGAAAAGGCGAAAUCUCGUAGGGUGGGUGACCCUUUUCACAGUGAUAUUCAACAGGGGCCUCAGAUCGAUCAACGCAGCGUCGACAAAAUCCUGAAGAUCAUCGACUCGAGCAAGAAACAGGGGGCGAAAGUGGAAACCGGCGGCACCACCGUCGGCUCCAAGGGGUUCUUCUUCGCACCCACCGUCAUUUCGAACGUCACCGAUGACAUGGAUUGUGCCAUAAAAGAGAUAUUUGGACCAGUUCAGAGCAUUUUGAAGUUUAACACGAUCGAGGAGGUUAUCGAGCGAGCCAACGAUACGGAAUACGGUUUGGCAGGUGGAGUUGUCACCAAGAACAUCGAUAAUGCCUUAAUUGUUGCUAAUGCAUUGGAAGCUGGUUCUGUAUGGGUUAAUUGCUACGAUUAUAUUACUGCCCAAACCUCAUUCGGAGGCUACAAAAAGUCCGGUUUUGGAAAAGAUUUGGGCCUGGACUCCCUGGACGACUACUUGAACACCAAGACCAUCACCAUCCGUUUACCAGAAAAACCUUGAGAUUCUUAAGGGCCAAAUGAAGGACAAACAUGUUUUAUUGAUAUACUUUAUUAGACUAACAAUAAUAAGAAAUACAAUUAACAAAAAUAAUAUAUAAGAAUCACUAUUUUAUUUAAAUAAAGACAAUUUGGAUCAUA